CGGGUCUUGUGUUAGUAAACAAGAGGCAGACAGCAGUACUUUUACUUACUUUUAUCCUCCCUCUUCAUCUCUAAAUAACACCAAUAUCACAACCAUGGAAGCUGAAACACUUCCAAAACAGCAAACAGCCAGCAGUAAAGUAGAUAUGUGUAGUGUGUGUGGUGUUAAUAAGGCCAAGUACAGGUGUCCAGCGUGUACUGUGAGGUCAUGUUCCCUCUCCUGUGUCAAGACUCAUAAGAGGUGCGAGGGCUGUAAUGGUGUCCGGGACAGAGCUGCUAUGGUGCUCAAGGAUGACAUGGAUAACCUCAGUCUCCUCAGUGACUACAGACUGCUUGAGGAGAUUGACAAUAAGCUGGAGGAUAAUCUGAGGAACCCACUGAGGCGUCACGUGAUGAGAAGCCUGAAAGAUAAGCCGUCGUUGCCGCGCUUCCUCCACUGCCUGAAGAACGAGGCGUGGAACAGAGGCACCACACUAAAGUUCAUGCCCAGCCACUUCACCAGCCGCCGGGAGAACACCACGCGGUACAACUUUAAGGAAGGAGUUAUAAGGUGGCACAUUAGAUGGGUGUUUCACCAAGCAGACGUGAGCUUCACAGACACCGGCGUGGACGAGAACACCCCCAUCAUUAAACUCCUCAACAGGUACCUAGAACCCAAAAAUGACUUGAGCCCCGAAGACAAUGAGAAAUUAGAAUAUUACCAAUCAGCAUCUUACGGUAAGAUUGCCGUGCUGAUAAAAACCGACGUACCUGGUUCAGGGACGACCUUCCAGGAGCUAUUCGUAAAUAAGAGUCUUCGUCUGAACUUGGCGAACAAGACCGUCCUCGAGUAUCCUGUCUUCUAUGUGGUAUUAAAAGACCACAUCGACGCUUACUUGGAUUACCAGCCCGAGGGUCACGACGAUCUCUUCAGCGAAUUACCCAAAGUGAAGGGCAUGGCGACGCAGAAAAGUGACAGUUUAAGUUACUUUGAUGCCACUAGUGAUAUGGAGGAAGGUUAACAGUUUACCCUAAAGAACAGUUUAAUGUUAUCCCAUUAUUGUUUCAACUUUAACUCUUUUGUGUUGUUUGUGGCAUUUUCAUUCACUUGGAUAUUUAAGGCUGUCAGUGCUUCAUUAUCAUUACUGUACUGUACACUUCCAAUGAUUUAACCUGUAACAUUCAAGUGGAUUCAUGUCUGUUCUUGCUGCUGUGAAUGAAAACGUUAUGACACGUCACAAUACUGUAAUUCUAUUUAAGAGUAUAAUUUGAUAAUAUUUUCGGGGUAAUAUAACUUGGUAGCGUUCAUCUGAAGGUCAGGAUUAUAUUACGCACUGCAACGGGAAAUUAUAUUCUAGCCUGUGAUCCAGAAACAUAUAAUAAUGAAAAUUUCAAGGUUUGUAAAAAUGCAAAAUAAAUUAUACAGUAUU